AUGCGUUCCCCUACACUCUUUAGUCUUUUCCUCGGCCUUCAGGCUGGCAGCCUGGUGCAGGGAAAGUGUGUGCCACGACCUCACAGCAGCAGUUCGGCCACUUCCACUUUUUCUGCGACCUCGAGCAGUUCGGUCACGUCAGCUCUUUCGGCUACCUCGAGCGCUUCGGUCACGGCCACCCUCUCAUCUGCUUCAAGCAGCACCGACUCCAGCCUUUCAUCUGCCUCAAGCAGCACCGAUUCGAGCCUCCUGACAUCAUCCGAUGACUUCACUGCUUCGAUUACUGCUUCGGCUAGUCUUUCAUUCUCCUCUACGCUGACGGCCUCAUCUGUUUCCAGUACAUCUAGCUCCAUUGCAGAUGAACCUACUACUGGCUACAUCACCGUCCAAGACACUCCUGCAUCUGGUAUCACCCGCCGGGCGAAUGGGGUCAGGUACAUCGGCUUCAAUGGCCAAUAUGCUCAAGCUUACGAUGAUCCGUCCCAAGCUGAUCUCGUGACGUUCCAUUCAAAUGGCACCAUUGAAUAUAAGGCUAUGCUUGCCAGUGGAAUUCCAGGUGGGGAUGAAACACUCCUUGGUCUUUCCUCCACAGUGUCCUCCGCGCUGUCAUCUUGGACACGUGAUGCCACUGGCAAUGCAGUUCUGGUUGGAUCGACCGGGUUCUGUCUGAGCUCGGCAUCCAAUGUUAUUGUUCGGACAUCUGCUUCGUCAACAACAGCUUGUAGCCCGGUAUACCUUAUCGUCGUACCCACUAUUGCUACCUCACAUCCCGUGACCGGCGACUGUACAGCAGCCGGCACGAAUGUUGCGCUUCUGCCUGCGCAAAAUGUCGAUGUCGAUCGCUCCUCCAAUUCUGUUUUGACUCCGUCAUUGGACGUCACACUCAACUAUGCGGACUCGACAGGCACUCAAGUCGCCGUCAUGGACCUCACCAUGAAGACUGGCAUGCCCGCCGUUGUGCUUCCCAACAGCAACAAGAUCGCUUCUGUCGCCUGUGACGCAUUUUCAGUGUACCUUACUCUGAGCACCGGUGUCACCAUCUCGGAUAUUCUCGCCUUGAUCCCCGCAACUGGAACGGUUCUCAUCACCAACAGCGCGAACUGCAAUGAGGCUAAUGCCUACGGCUUCUGGCUCCUUGAUGGCCGCACUGACCAAAAUACUGCUGGCUCGCAGCUGGUCUUCAACGCCUCCCAGAAGAAGAUCACAGACGUCAGCACACAGGCGGCUAUCCAGUACGGCAAAGUAGACAACAGCCACGCGACCUUUACCACCACUUCAACUGGAGCCGCCACAGCACCAACUGGACAGGCUGGAGUUUGCAGUGCCAGCAGUGCCAGCACCACGGCGAGCGCCUCCGCCAGCGCUUCGGCCAGCGCCUCUGCCAGCGCCAGCAGUACCGACGCCUACCACCCUGUUGCAACUAGCCUGUCAGAUCUCUCGCCGGGAGCCUUGGAAGUGUACAACUGGCUCAUUGACAACGCUCGAUAUGACUCCGACGGCAAUCUGAUCUUGACGCCGGCUCCAAUUGCCGACACAGUCUCGAUCCCUGCGUAUGAUCCGGAUAACCUGGGUGACCAGGACGGCCUGCAGGCGAAACUGACGGAGAUGGGUCUUCCUACCCCUGGUGACAUGUUCAAGAAGGCAGACGAUGGCGCAACUGGCACCUGUUCAAACACUGGCAGUGUGUCCAAGAGAGGUUUGUCUGGCUCGGUCUUUGAGGAACGAUCAACCCCCGUUGGCUACUCCGGUGAAGUCCUCGUCAGCCGCCGCAAUAUUGAGAACCUUGGCCACUGGCUUCAGCGUCGUGACUGGGAUGAGUUCUGUGACGGAACUGCAUCCGAAAUCCUUGGAACUCUCAGUGAGACCUACGAGGGCGUACACGGUGCAAUCUGCACAGGUCACAGCUUGUACGAGAACCGUGAUGCUAUCAAGUGCUUCUUCACCGGAUGCGGCGGCAGCCACACUAUCAAGACGUCUACGUACACGUUCACUGGCGACUGGAAGGUUGAAAUUCCUACGAUCAGCCAGCCAUUGUUGACUCAGGGAUCGGCAAAGACGUUCAGCUGCGUUACAUGCUCCUUCAAGAUGGAUCAUGUGGUCUUCUCGGGCUCCAUUGUUCUUGAGAUGACAGACAAUGGCCCCAGCUCGGCCAAGUCAGCUGUUGUGACCUACGGAACAACCGGUGGCACCACAGCGAACGUCCGAAUCCAGUCGGAUACCGCCUGGAAGGGAUCAUGGAGUCACAUUUUCAACGGAGUUACGUUGGGAACGAUCACAUUGGAUAAUGCAUUUGCAAUCACGCCUCAGGUGUUCUACCAGAUUGGUUACUCGUUCGAGACCGACUCAGCCGUUGAUGUCCAGGGUGGAGCGGGCUACUACUGGAAUGACGCAUCCAUCACCAUGAACAUCCUGAACCACCAGACUGACUCCAAGCGAAACUGGACCCCCAAUGUCAACUGGAUCCUGCCGCAGUUCAACACUGGAGCUAAAGUCAGCAUCAACAGCUUCAGCCAGUGGGUCAUUGACCUGGGAGUUGUGGUGCAGAGCAAGAAAGUGUUCAACCCCAGAAUGUUCUCGUCCAACUCCGUGGGAAUCAAGUCUCAGUACAGCUUUGCGGCUGCCAAUGGAUGUGGCGCCAACUCGCUCUCUGUCAGCACUUACGUUAGCAACGACAACUGGAUCAACAUCAAUGACGGCGUUUCCAAGGUGGUCCUCCUGUCGAACGGCGAGAAUGGCCGCCAGAACCAAUGCUUCAACGUUCCAAGUGCUUGGCCAUCUCCGUCUGAGAUUGCUGCUGUUGCACCAGAUGCUGGAGAGUACUGUACAUCGCUGAUUGGGUACAACCCUCCGACAAGAGUCACUACCCUCACCGAAGUCAAGACCGUUCCCAGUACCACUGUCGUCACCACCAGCGUCACAAAUACUAUCACCACGACGUACACGAUCACAAGCUCCGAGAGUACCGAGUAUGACAAGACGCGCACUUCCCCAGCAAGCACCACCACUGUUUUCAGCCCAGCAACCGUGACCAUGGGUGGUAAUCAUGCCCCAAGAGUGAACCAGAAGCGAGACAUGAUACCCACUGCCGCACCUGGAGUAGCUCUUGACCGCCGAGCGGUCGCCGUACCGACCGCCCUGGCAGGAUGGCCAGCAGACAAGGUGAGAUACGCCUGUAGCCAGAUCGCCACAGGAGUAAACUACAUCUCCCGCACCAGCACUGUCACCUCAACCUCAGGCGUCACUACCGCCACGGCUACCAAGGUCUUCAACGCCAAUGGCCCUCUUGUCACUACGACCACCACUUACACGUACUACAAGUUCAACGGCUACAGGACCACCACGACACCUGGGGUUGCUACGGUCACCUCUUGCCCAGUAUCUCCGGCCGAAGCGAAGUGCUUCAAGCUCAAGGUCAAGGGCGCCGAUUGGCUCGAGAACAACUACCUUGGCGAUAAGCUCUACUACUUCGGUCAGGCCAUGUGCGCCGGCGAAGUCGGCUGCACUAGCCCCUGGGGCGUUUACUCCGAGACGUUCUACCUCGAUGCAAACGGUGUUCUCGUUGCUCCUGUGGGCGGCGGGCGCGAGCCAUACGGCCUGCUGCAGUACAAGAGCAACGCCCCGUACUGGUACUCGGACACACCCUUCAUGGGACUCAUGAAGGACUACGAGGCGCAAAACUCCAACAACAACCUGAUCUACCCCAAGUGCGUCAUGGAUGAGACCAACGUCUGCGACCGGACCCUGUCCUGCACGCUCGGGGACCUUACGGGCUUCUACGUCCGCGUCCCGUUCUGGCAGGCCUGGGAGACGUCGCAGUACUACCAGUCCAUGCUCAUGAUGAACGAGGAGUUUGGCGACAACACGCCGCCGCAGAACCCGGGCCGGUCCAACUGGUUAGACGAGACGGCCCUCAACCAGUUCUACUGGGGCAACCCGACGGGCGACUCGCAGUACAUCCCUAUUACGUUGGGUGUGGAAGAUGCGCCGUGCCCUUGCAACUUCAUGGGCAUUAACUACGGCAACCUUGCGUAA